AUGUCGUGGAUGCGCACCCUCCUCCCGCUCUCUUUUGCUCUCAGCGCAUAUGCUACGAAUUAUGCCCGUGCCGACGGUAACAUAACCUGGGGCUCCUGCGAAACCGAGAUCGAAGCAGACGCUACCCUCCCCGUUCAGUGCGGCAACAUUACCGUACCCCUGGACUACACGGACACAGAAUCAGACGCAACGCUCGAUGUCCAGAUGCUCAAGGUGCCCACCGACAAAAUACCGAAGAAGGGAAAUAUUAUAUUUAAUUUUGGUGGGCCGGGGUUAGAGACGAGGGCUAGUUUGGCGCAGAGGGCUGAGUUGCUGCAAACGUUGACUGGCGGGCACUAUGAUCUUAUCGCAAACGAUCCACGAGGAACAGCCAACACCCUCACCUUCUCCUGCUUCGAAAACGACACCAUCCGUCUUUCCACCCUCGACCAAACCCGCUUCGAGGAAUUCGCCGGUCCAGCGGAUGAAAUGGCGCUGGGUAGGCAGUGGGCCGGUGCAUCAUUGGUCACUCAGACUUGCUACGAACAUGCGGAAUCGAAGGAGAGGGGGGAGUUGAUCGGGACGGCAUUUACUGCGAGAGAUAUUAUGCAGAUUGUUGAUGCGGUUGAGGAGGAUAGGUUGUUGAGGUUUUGGGGGUUGUCGUAUGGAACGGUGCUGGGGUCAACUCUUGCAGCGAUGUUUCCGGAAAGAAUCGACAGGAUUGUUAUUGAUGGAGUCAUGAAUCCGCAUCAAUAUUACAACUCCUAUGACGUAGAAGUCUGGACAGACACAGACGCAGCAUUCGCCCAAUUCAUCAAAGAAUGCAUCGACGCCCCAGAAAAAUGCACCCUAGCCACCCACAACUCAACAGCCACCUCCCUCGAGAAAUCAAUCUACCACCUCCUCGACACCCUCAAAUACCACCCGAUCGCAUAUGAAGGAACAAUAAUCGACCACGGCAGCAUCAAAACGAUUAUCCGCACAUCCCUCAACACCCCGGCCUCUUGGCCAACCCUCUCCGCGGCCUUGGACUCAUUGCUCUCCGGAAAUUUGACACAGUUCCUCGCUAUUCAGACUUCUCUGAAUCCACCAUACGCUAGUGCGAACAUGGACGAAGCUGUUUACGGGAUCCAUUGUGCGGACAAGAAACCCGGGAAACAUACCUUUAAUGAGGUGCUUCCCGCCGUCUCCGCUUUGAGUAAUCAAAGUACCCUCAUGGGACAGGCUGGUGUCCCUCUUGCUAUGCUCGCUACCCAAUGGAAACUCGAGGCCAAGGAGCGGUACACGGGAGACUUUUGCGCUAAAACAAAGCAUCCCAUGCUCGUCAUCGGUAACACAUAUGACCCUACGACGCCGUUGAGGUCUGCGAGGAAUAUCAGUGAGAGCUUUGAGGGGAGUAUUGUGUUGGAACAUGGGGGAUAUGGCCACUGCACCCUACAACAUGGCUCCGUCUGCACAGGAAACGCGAUCCAGAACUACUUCAACGACGGUACCUUGCCCAAGGCCGGGACGGUUUGUGAGGCGGCGUAUCCUCCGUUUGCGAAUAUGACAUGGAACGAUGUUCUGCCAAAGCUUGGUUCAAAUAAGACGGCGAAUUGA